AUGCACGUGAGUUAUUAUUAUAUUUAUUUAUUAAUUAUUUUUUACGUAAGAAAAAUUGCAACAAACGAAUCAAUUGAAAGUUUACAACAGUGGACUUGGUCUUGCGAAAAUGAAAAUUGCGUUAAAAGUUUAUUACCAUAUUCGAAAAAUGGAACGACUUUAGAAAUAUGUAAAUUAUUAUGUGGAAAAUAUAGAACGCUAUGGCCGAAACCCACGGGUAAAACUAUUCUCGGAUCGACAUUAUUUUCAUUUCAUCCGAGUAAAAUUUUAUUCGAUUUUAAUUAUGUCGAAAAUUUCACGGCAAAAGAACAUUUACGAAAAGUUAGUAAAUUAUUUCAAAAUAAAAUGUUUAAAUUAUGCGGGUCGAAUUGUUCUUUUAUACCGGAUACGGAAAUAAUUAUACAUUUUAACGUUAUUUCUCCGAAUUUGGAAUUAAAUUGGAAAACCGAUGAAAGAUACACUUUAGAAAUUGAUAAAAAAGAAAUAUCCGAAAAUGGAAAAAAACCGGAAAUGAUUGAAAUAAAUAUUAAUUCGACAACGGUUUACGGUUGCCGACACGGUUUGGAAACGAUAACUCAAUUAACAACUUCUCAUUCUUUGAAAUAUUCAAACGAUAUGAUAUUAAAAAGAUAUUUGGUCAUGAUUUCCUCAGGUGAAAUACACGAUGCUCCCGUGUAUCCACACAGGGGUCUACUAAUUGACACGGCAAGACAUUAUAUGAGUGUUAAAUCCAUUCGUAAAACUAUCGAAGCCAUGUCCAUGACAAAAUUAAAUGUAUUACAUUGGCACGCAACUGAUUCGCAAAGUUUUCCCUUAGAAAUUUCUAAUUUUCCACAGCUAGUUAGGUACGGCUCAUAUUCUCCCGAACAAAUUUAUACAAAAAAAGAUAUUCGCGGAAUCGUAGAAUAUGCUAAACUCAACGGGAUACGAGUUAUUAUUGAAAUAGAUGGUCCGGCUCAUGCAGGUAAUGGAUGGCAAUGGGGAGAACAACACAACCUUGGAAAAUUAGCUUUGUGUGUUAAUCAACAACCGUGGAGACAAUAUUGUAUACAACCACCUUGCGGACAAUUAAAUCCUAUAAACGAAAACGUUUAUAAAAUAUUAAAAAAUAUUUAUAAAGAAUUAAUUGAAAUUUUACCUGAAAGCGAAACGUUACACUUAGGAGGAGACGAGGUAUUUUUUCAAUGUUGGAAUUCAAGCUCUGAAGUCUUGGAUUGGUUUUCACGUAAUUACAUGCAAAAUGAUGAAAAGGGUUUCUUAGAUCUUUGGGGUAUUUAUCAGGAAAAAGUUCUUCAAGCAUUUUCAGAAGUUUAUCCAACAAAAGAUGUACCUGUUAUUCUUUGGUCGAGCACUCUAACGGAACCUGAAGUUAUAGAAAAAUAUUUAAAUAAAACCAGGUACAUCAUUCAAACCUGGCUUCCGGCAUCAAGUCCAAUUCCGACUCAAUUAUUAAAUAAAGGGUAUAAACUAAUACUUUCGACUAAAGACAAAUGGUAUUUAGAUCAUGGUUUCUGGGGUAAUACCGUAUAUCAUUCUUGGAAAAUAGCUUACGACAAUAAACUUCCGAGACACAGUAAUGUUUUAGGAGGCGAAGCGGCUAUGUGGUCAGAAAAAGUCGACGAACAAUCGUUGGAUAUGAAAGUUUGGCCGAGAACUGCUGCUGUGGGUGAAAGACUUUGGUCAAAUCCAAAAUGGGGAGCCAAUGCAGCAGAGCAAAGAUUUGAAAAUUUCAGAGAACGACUCGUUAAAUUUGAUAUACGUGCAGACGUUACUUCUCCUUAUUAUUGCUAUCAGAACGAUCAAGCUUGUUCCUAA